AUGUCGGGUCUACUAUACGCCUCCGGAGGCCGCGGCCUACCACGCUACUUCUUCCUUCACGGCAGCCACGAGCGCACCAGCUUUCCUGACCAGGUCGAGGUCGAAGCAAAUGUCGUUAGCUUUUCAGGGAGUGGCAAGAUAAUCUCCGGCGAUAACAACGAACCCAUAUCCCAGAAAUACUGCUUCUUCAAUGGCGCCCUGACGCAUACGGACGGGCAAGCCCAGGCGCCCGUUCCUGCCCGAGAGUUCGUCGAGACAUUGCUGAAGAAUAUCAGCGUUCCUGCUUUGAUAUUGGUUGAGGUACCUCAUAGUGAACAAUCAACCUCCCAAGAACAAGAACCUAAUGAAACCAUCUACGUCGCCAUAUCCGUCCUCGGCCGCAGCGAUCUACGAAUCUGCGUCGGCGAAGAAAGACGCUACAUCGCGCGCAUGAUGCGCGUCUUCGUGCCCCGCUUCACACAAGCCAUGGCUCAGCGAAGCGACGAAUAUCUUCCCGGGGAUGCGCAAAAUCUGUGCAAGGAGAUUGCGCAUGAUAUGGGGGCGUCGUUAAUUCAUGAUACCAGCAAUAAUCCUAACAGUGACGGUGAUGAGGGGGAUGAGGAGGGCGACGAGGAAGAACUAGUCGGUUUCCUACACCUCUACCGACAACGGUAUCUGGGGAAGUCCGGGACAGAGAGCGGGUACUUGGAUAUACUAGAGGCGUGCUUGCUGCAUGUCUUGAAGAUGCCGUUCGACCUGGAGUCGUCGGUGCAGCAGGGGUUGAUUCGUUAUUGA